UUCAGUGAUGGAGAUACAUUAUUUCCACAGAUACGAAGAGGCUAGAGCCAGUUCUCCGCAAUCCUCUACCUAUGAAGCUAGUGGAACUGCAACACCUCUGACCACAAUAUAUCCUUCAUGGGGUCUUCCAGGACAGCAACCACUAACCAUAUCCCAAGCAUUGGUACCAGGUAUUCAAGGAAAGCUCACUUUUAAGUCUCGUCCUAUGGGCAGAGCACCACGGACAAUGUACUAUGGAUCUGCAACAGCCGACAGUUAUUUUGCAUAUUUCGUACCAGGCAGAUCAACCGAGGUCUAUAGAUACGACUUGAUUACGGAUGUAUGGCAGGAAUUUCCUUCAUGUCCGUACGUUAAUGCUGGACUAGUCGUUAUUGAAGGAAGACUAACUGCUGUGGGGGGAUCAGCAUAUGAUGGGCAUGAGGAUGAAUAUACUAAUGAACUGUGUACACUGAAUUGGGAGAAGCUUUGGGUUGGGGAAUAUCCCUCCAAUGAUCACUGCACGAUCCUCUCCUGCAACAAGUGUUUCCAAAUAUUUUGGUACUGAUUACCUCAUUGUGAUUGGGGGGAAGAAUUAUUCUGGUUGGACUACUGCAGUUGAAGUAUUCAACAUUGGAAACAGAGAGUGGUUCGAACUAACAGACUUACCAAGACCUCUUCGCCAGCCUUCUUCGACAAUACUUAGUGUGUUUGAAUUCGUGCAUGUAGCAGGAUACGGUGCCAGUGGUUACUCAGGUGUUAUAGUUUGGCCUGUACCAUCCAGUGAUCAACCAAUCACAUCACCUCUCUCCCUAUCCUGGCAUCCUCUCCCUCGUCUAUCAGUGACAUGGUCAAAACCUAUCUUUUUUGCUGGAGAACUAGUAAUUAUUGGCGGGAAAGGAAAUAGCUCAGACGUUACCACAAUUCACCAGCUAAGGGAUGGACAGUGGGUGAGAUUGGCUCAAUACCUCACAACAGAAAAGAUUGUUUAGUAGUCCAUUCGUCACCCAGACAAGUCUUCAUAGUAGGAGGACGGUGUUUCCGACUAUAUUAAUGGAUUGCAGUCUCUGGACCUUGUUGAAGAAUGCAGGUUCACACUAACACCAAUGUCGUCAAAUGCAGCAGAGCCCGGCCAACCAUCUCAAACCACCAGGACUCCAUACUAGGCACUACUAUCACAGAGAGAACUUGCACACUCCUAUGGACUAGAUUUUUUGUUGUUGCUCAGCUGAUUGUAAAUUUUUUAAUGAAUGUGUGAAUUUUUCACAUUAAUUGAAGAC